CACGUCACUGCUUGCGGCGCUUCCGGAGGCGCAGCGGGAGAUGACGUAAGGGACGUGCCCUCUAUAUGAGGUUGGGGAGCGGCUAGAUCGGCCUUUUCCGCCCGCUCCCCCCUCCCCCCGAGCGCUGCUCCGGCUCCGCCGCGCUCGCUCCGAGCUCCGGCCUCCUGCAAAACUAGCGCCGCCGCUGUCUCCCUUCAGCCGCCAUCAUGAUUAUCUACCGGGACCUCAUCAGCCAUGAUGAGAUGUUCUCCGACAUUUACAAGAUCCGAGAGAUCGCAGACGGCCUAUGCUUGGAGGUGGAGGGGAAGAUGGUCAGUAGGACAGAGGGUAACAUUGAUGACUCGCUCAUUGGUGGAAAUGCUUCCGCUGAAGGACCUGAGGGCGAAGGUACCGAAAGCACAGUUAUCACUGGUGUUGAUAUUGUCAUGAACCAUCACUUGCAGGAAACCAGCUUCACAAAAGAAGCCUACAAGAAGUACAUCAAAGAUUACAUGAAGUCAAUCAAAGGCAAACUUGAAGAACAGAGACCAGAAAGAGUAAAACCUUUUAUGACAGGGGCUGCAGAACAAAUCAAGCACAUCCUGGCUAAUUUCAAAAACUACCAGUUCUUUAUUGGUGAAAACAUGAAUCCAGAUGGCAUGGUUGCUCUCCUGGACUACCGUGAGGAUGGUGUGACCCCAUAUAUGAUUUUCUUUAAGGAUGGUUUAGAAAUGGAAAAAUGUUAACAAAUUUGGCUAUUACAAAUUUGGAUCUAUCACCUGUCAUCAUAACUGGCUGCUGCUUGUCAUCCACACAACACCAGGACUUAAGACAAACGGGACUGAUGUCAUCUUGAGCUCGUGAUUUAUUUGGAGUGGAGGCAUUGUUUUUAAGGAAAAACAUGUCAUGUAGGUUGUUUAAAAAUAAAAUGCAUUUAAACUCA